GGCAGCGCUCGGCAGCCGCUCUCCUGACAGGGAAGAGAGCUGACACCAGGAGGAGGCCCAGGGAACCCCACAUCCUGGAAAGCAGCUACAGACAAUAGGAGGAAACAACUCAUGUCCUAGCACCGCUUCCUCCAUCAGGUUAUGUGACUUGUUGGAUGCAUAUGAGCUGAAAGGGGGAAGAGUCACCAGGACAAUCACUCCACAGCACAUGGCGUGUUUGGAGAGGGGCUAAAGCACUGGAGCUGCGCAGCAAAUACCCCCCAGCAGAGCCGUCUCUCAGGACAGGAAGGAGAACGUUGGUAUGAACUGGUGAAAAUCUGUUGCCAGCCAAAGCCAGACCUGGUGAUUAUUCCAGACCACUUGAAGCCCUAGAAACCCUCCAAACUUUUGGAACAAAAUAUCAUCAGAGAGACGCUAUGUCGAGGCUCUGGAUUAUGGUCCUUGUUCUGCUGUGGAUUCCAGUCAUGGCCAUCGCACAGCUCCCAGGCAACGUCCAGUGCCCUGUGAAUUGCUCCUGCUUCUUCUCCCAGUGGUUUGUCCGGUGCUCCAAUGCCAGCUUAUCCUCUCUUCCCCCUGGCAUCCCCAAUGCCACCGUGGAGCUCGACCUGCAGCACAACCAGUUCAGCACCCUCUCAGCAGGCUUCUUCCCAGAACUGGCUGAGAUCAGCAUCAUUUACCUUGGCAGCAGUGGCAUCCACCAGGUUGAGCCGGGGGCUUUUCAGGGGGUCAAGAAUCUCUACCAUCUCCACCUGGACAACAACCUCCUGGAGCAGGUUCCAGAGGGUGUCUUUGAGAAUCUGACAAAUCUGAUCUUCCUGCACCUGGAGCACAACCAGAUUGCUCACCUCCUGCCAGGUGGGUUCUCUUCUCUGAAGCAGCUCAGUGUCCUGGACCUGAGUAACAACCUGCUGCUGGAGCUCUCCGACCAAGCCCUUCACGGCCUCCCGCGGCUGCGUCGGCUCUACCUGAGUGCGAACCAUAUUACCAAUGUCUCCAGCAAAGCCCUCCCAGGCACCCUGCGGGCCCUCAGCCUAGACGGGAACCAGCUGGCGAGCGUGCCUGCGGCCAUCCGCACCUCUCCCAUGCUCUCCACUCUACAGCUGAGUGGUAACCCCAUCCGGAAGCUGACGUCUCUCUCCUUUGGGAGGAGGCUUCGGUCCCUAAGGCAGCUGUUCCUGGACAGCCUGGCCCUGGAGCAGAUCACCAACUUGGCUUUCACCAGGCUCCGCUGGCUGGAGCUUCUGAGCCUGAGGAACAACAGCCUGGAGUCGCUUCCGCCUCUGUCCUCCCUGAAGUCGCUCUCCACUCUGUAUCUGACUGGGAACAAGUGGCGCUGUGACUGCAAACUGAUCUGGCUCCGCACCUGGCAGAAGAAGGUGCUCCGGAAAGAACGCAGCCCUGUAGAGUGCAGCUCCCCGGGGGCGCUACAGGGACAGCUCCUGGUGGACGUAGAGUUACAGAAGCUGACUUGCCCACCUUUUGGGACGGACUCCACCACCCUCAGCCCCGCUGAGAACACGAAUACACCCACGGCCAUUGCUCCACCCAGAGACAUACCUCUCCCAGGGGCUGCUACCACAGCUACUGCCAUGACCUCUGCCGCCCUGAUCACCACGAGGAGGCUCCCCAGCUCCACCACGCACUCAGCUACCUCCCUUCACCAUGUGCCGGAGAGGUGGGACCCAUGCUUGGCCGACCACAUCAGCAGCGUCAGCAUCAGGACAAAGGGUGACACCUCCCUGGUGGUUUCCUGGUCUUUCUCCGGUGACCACGACCAAUUUGAGGUGCGGUACACGGCUGGCCGGGAUGAGCAGGUGCUGCGGGUGGUGGGAGGGCUGGCCGAGGUGACGCUCCAUGAUCUCCGCAGGGGGACCGAGUACAGAGUCUGCGUCAUCCCCCAGAAUGAGAAUCUGCUGGAGUGCCAAGCCCCUGCUGCCCGGCAGUGCACAGCAGAGCGCACUGCUGGCCUUCCUAGUGACACACAGCCCGUGCAUGCCCCGCUCGGCCACAGCCACUCAGCCGUGGGUUUCGGUGUCACGGUCGCUCUCCUAGCACUCGCAGCACUGGCCCUGGCUGUCACCUACAGACUGCGGACACGGCCGAUCCAAUUCCAGCGCUACUAUGAUGAAGAUGGGUCACCCCUUCAUCGCAGGAGCAGCAACCAAGCCAAGAUGACCACGGACCCAGUUGACGAGAGCAUGGAGGACGAGGACCGGCACAGUUAUGUGACAGCUGCCGGCCGGUGCCCAGAGGAGAAAGUAGACUGCACCGUGUCUGCCCCACCCAGGCUCACACUUACAUCCACACCCACGUAUGUGACUCUGUGAUUCUAACUGCUUCCCAGCAUCCUACGGCUGAGCAGGAAUUGCCUCAUGGGGUCUGCCACUCACCCAGGGACCUGACACCAUAGAGCCCCGAGGAGUAAACCAGACAGUUCUGUAACCGCCCCUUAUGACUGACAUGGACAAUAAAACGGAGCCCUAGAAAGUUGAGAUGGGAAAAGCCUGUGGCUUAGGGCCCUUUUUGUACAGCCCAGUCCAUGCCCGUUCCAGCCAGUGCCGGGUUGCUCCCGACAGAGAAUCCCCAGGGAGGGUCUUGCACAGCCUCAUGAAUAGUUUUGAAGUGCUGGAUCUCCAUUGGGGUACCCAUGUGAUUCACAAAGCCUUUCACAGCCAGGGUGAUGUAAAAUGGCAGGGUUGGUGACUGGUUUCUAUGACAGGCAACUUCUACAUGGCUGAGGGGUUGCUAUUUAUAGCAAAGCUGGACUGGAAAUCGCAGGAGAACCCGCUUUUGGAGUCAAUUCCCCCCCUCCAGGGGGGAUUGUUUACAGCUUCUGCCACCCUCCACCCCCCAAAAAUAGCAGCUCUCUCUCUCUUGCUCGUUGUUUUGGCAUGUAGUUUUGCAUCUGUGGGGGGUGGGGUGGAUAUAAGAAGGACCCAGAGAAGGGGAAAGGCAGAAACAAUGUUUGCAGCUCAAGUUUGACCAGAGCGGAGGCCCACUGAAGGCCAGGGCGGAGCUGCAGGAGCGGAGAAGGAAUUUGCACCAGUCCUGCCUAGCCCAUGUGAAAGGCAGGGGAGGAGAGUUGGGUGUUACGCGAUGGGGCGAGCGAGGAAAGAAUUGAGUUUCUGGUGCAGUAUAGGGUUCAGGUCAGUCGGUGCAUCUAGAACCCUGACAUCAUGGAGGAUGUGAAUUCCUAGCCCAACAAGCCGUUCAAAGCUAACAGUCACUGUCCUUUGCUGGUAGCAUUUAACCUUCCCGCCCACCCACCCCCACCGCUGUCUUGGAGCAGGUUUUUGAAUGUUCUGUUUUAUCCAAAAUAAAGGUGGGGAGGCUUCCAAGCUAAAACAAAACAUCGUAUUUUCCAUUCUGUGCUUUGAAGCUCGCCCAUUACCUGGGGCAAAGGCAAGGUUCCCCAAGACCUCUCUCAAGACCUUCUAUCAACCACGGCAUCUUCCUAAAACUGUUGGAGGGGCGUGCAGAACACUGGAAAAUACUGACCUCUCUGCCUGGGCUGUCUGCACCCCCCUUCCCGAUCACUGGGCAUUGGCCUGGCCCACACAUUUCAUUCUCACUCUGGAACAGCAUUUGAGCCUCUUCUGGACUCCAUGCCACUUCUGCUUGCAUUGGAUUUGCCCUAGCCCAUGAGGUGUAGAACGCUGUGGAAUAAUCUCCCAAGCCAAGUGGCGAAGGCCUUUAUACCACAUUCCAUUUCCAAAGCACCUAAGCAACAUUCUUCCUUCCUCCCACCCACCUGCUCUGCGUCACUAACUAUUUGACAAAUGGGGAAAAUGAGGCGGAGGGUGAGUGGCUUGCUCAGUGCCACAAAGCAAUUGAGCAUAGCACUCUGAAAGUAUGUGGGGCAGACAGACAAGAUGUUAGGUUAUUUCAUCUUUACUCUCUAUUAAUCUAGAAACAAAUAGGACAAAACCCUCAUCAUUCAUCUCCCCUUUGUCUCUGUGCAAAGUCCUGGUCUUUUUCUACUUGCCACUCCCUCCUCCUUUUAGAAAGAAGUGAUGUAUCACCCUCCUGGACAGCACUGUGGCCUAAAUAGUACAUCUCUGCCUUCCCUCUGUUUGCUGGACUAAUAAAGCACACGGUAAAACCGUUUCAUGCA